AUGCUGCUGCAGCGCCAGCAGCAGCACCAGCUGCUGCUGCAGCAGCAGCACCAACUGCGGCAGCAGCAGCAGCAGCAGCACAAACUGCAGCAGCAGCAACUCUCCCCACAGACCUCAGCCCUCCUGGGGAGCCGGGCAGUGGGGGCCCCCACCAAGGGGCCCCUCACCUCCGGGGGCCUUUCUGUUUCCUCCACGAGGGCCCCCAGCAGCUUAAUGCUGCGCUCGCAAGCUGCUGCUGCUGCUGCUGCUGCUGCUGCUGCUUCGCCCAGCCCCAGGCCAAGCAUUCCUGCCACUACGGGGGCCCCCCAGCCGCUGCAGCUGCAAAAGCUCACUCCAGGGGGGGCCCCCCCAAACUCCCCUAAACCCGCCUUGACAGCUGAGGCUUCCAAAGGGGGCCCCCUGGGGGCCCCCCAGGGGGGCCCCCAGAAGCCUCCAGAAGGUUCGACUAAGGGGCCAGCUGAAGCAGCAUUGAAGGCUUCCGCUUCCUCAGCUUCUCAAGGAACCUUCUCAGGGGCCCCCCAAGGGGCCCCCACCUCAAGGGGGCCCCCCUCAGGGGCCUCCCUAGGGGCCUCCCUAGGGGCCCCCUCGGGGGCCCCCCAAGGGGCCCCUUUGAGCAGCAUAGUGAGUCUGUCUCCCACACCAAGUGCAGCACCUGCACUGUCAACUCACUUCAGUGGCCGUGCUGCAGUUGGGGGCUCCAUAGGGACCCCCCUGGGGGGCCCUCAGGGGGGCCUCUUGGGGGGCCCCCCAGAGGCUGCUGGCUUGAACGCCCAGGGCCCGCUGGGCGCUGCUCCCCAGGGGGCACCCCUAGGGGCACCCCUUGCGCAAGAAGCUGCAGCGGGGGGCCCCCCGGGGUCCCCCGAGGGCUCCGCAGCAGCCCCCGUAAGGCUAGCCCGGCUGUCCGAGUAG